AUGACCGGCCCAUCAAUUCAAGACCGAACUAGCGAGUUCAGCGCUAUUCUGGGCCAGGCCCAGAAGCGCAUGGGCACGUCGAAAGUUGGUACACAGCGCCAGGCAUUGUUGACGGACGCUCAGAGGCGACAAGCCAAUGCAUCGCCCCAGGGUGCUGGGCAGGAGGCGAAGGCAGCAAGAUCGGAGUUCGCCCGGAGGGCACGCGAUAUUGGAAGGGGCAUUACGGGGACAAUGGCAAAGUUGCAGCGAUUGGCCGAACUGGCAAAGCGAAAAACCCUCUUCGAUGACCGACCCGUCGAAAUCUCCGAAUUGACAUAUGUGAUUAAGCAAGAUCUUGCCGCAUUAAAUCAAAGCAUCGCCUCGUUGCAGGCACUUACCCAAGCGCAACACCCCAAGUCGAACCGCUCAAAGACGGAUCAGGAAGGAGAACACAACGACAAUGUUGUUGUUAUGCUGCAGGGUAAGCUGGCCGAUGUAGGCGCUAGCUUCAAAGAAGUGCUUGAGGUCCGCACCAAGAACAUUCAAGCAUCCCGUUCACGAACCGAAAACUUCGUUUCUUCGGUAUCCUCGAAGUCUCACAACGCCCUCGAUGCCCAGCGCUCAGAUUCUCCUUUGUAUAAUACUUCGGGACGACGGACACCCCAGCCCGGAUACCAAGGAAACUCCUCUGAUCUAUUGACACUCGAGCCGUCAAACCCUUCACCCUUAGGGCGCCCUUCGUUCCAAUCAGACCAACAGUUGAUGGUAAUGGAAGAAGGAGAGUCGAGUAACACCUACGUUCAAGCUCGAGGCGAGGCCAUCGAGGCCAUCGAGCGAACCAUUAGUGAAUUGGGUGGCAUUUUUGGCCAGCUAGCGCAGAUGGUUAGCGAACAGUCAGAAAUGAUCCAGCGAAUCGAUGCCAACACGGAGGAUGUCGUGGACAAUGUCCAAGGCGCUCAGCGUGAACUCAUGAAAUAUUGGACCCGCGUCUCCGGCAAUCGCUGGCUCAUCGCCAAGAUGUUCGGGAUUCUGAUGAUCUUCUUCCUUCUCUGGGUCUUGAUUUCGUGA